GGAAAUGUCGGAGCGGAGUGUGUACUCUACCGUACACACACAAACUUACACAUAAACACUGUUCAUAUGCGCUGAAGUCGUUGUUUACUACCUGUUAGCUCAAGAGCUUUACCAUGAGCCGUCCGUCCUCGGCUGGUGGAGCGGCGGGGGGACUCGGAGCCGGUAAAGUAGGAGGAAAUAAACACGGAGGCUCGGCGGCAGCAGCGGUAGGAGGAGGAGCGGCGGCGGCAGCAGCAGGCGUAGUUACGGGCUCGGUAGCCGGUUCGGUUCCCGCAGUGGCCGCCGUGGCUUUACCGCACUCGGCGUUAGCCGGCCAGUCUGCCGAGCUCACUGCGCUGUUCGAGUGCCCGGUCUGCUUCGACUACGUGCUUCCACCUAUUCUACAGUGCCAGGCUGGGCACCUAGUGUGUAACCAAUGUCGCCAGAAGCUAAGCUGCUGCCCGACCUGUCGCGGCCCGCUCACCCCGAGCAUCAGGAACUUGGCCAUGGAGAAAGUGGCGUCCACACUGCCCUUUCCUUGCAAGUAUGCCUCGGGGGGUUGCCUGUUAUCGCUGCACCACAGUGAAAAGCCAGAGCACGAGGAGAUCUGCGAGUUUCGCCCGUACACCUGCCCCUGUCCUGGUGCCUCCUGCAAAUGGCAGGGCUCACUGGAGGCAGUCAUGCCCCACCUCAUGCACGCCCACAAAUCCAUCACCACGCUGCAGGGUGAAGACAUCGUCUUCCUGGCCACGGACAUCAACCUGCCCGGUGCCGUGGACUGGGUCAUGAUGCAGUCUUGCUUCGGCCACCACUUCAUGCUGGUGCUGGAGAAACAAGAGAAGUACGAAGGCCACCAGCAGUUCUUCGCCAUCGUGCUUCUCAUAGGUACUCGCAAGCAAGCCGAAAACUUCGCCUACCGCCUCGAGCUGAACGGCAACCGCAGACGGUUGACGUGGGAAGCCACGCCGCGAUCGAUUCACGACGGGGUGGCCGCAGCGAUCAUGAACAGUGACUGUCUUGUCUUUGACACCUCCAUUGCCCAUCUUUUUGCAGACAAUGGCAACUUGGGUAUCAAUGUUACCAUUUCCAUGUGUUGAAGUGGGUUGAGUUGAAGAGGUAAUUUUCCAGGUUUUGAAUCCUGGAUGACAUUUGUACCUCAUUGAAUGGAGGGUCGGGGAAUGACAGGUGAGAUGCAUUUGUGUGUCUUCAAUUCAGGUUCCCUCACAUGGAAGCACCUCUAGGGUCAUGUGCUAUAUGAAUCAGAGAGAUGUUCAUUCCUGAGACCCAUGAUUGUUGGCCUGGCACAAGCACAGCUGAGAUUUAAUCUUAGCUUGUUCAAGAAAAUAAAGCCUCAGCUCAGCUCUCUGCCCUGGUUUAAUGAGUAGGGCAAUGAACAAAACCCUGCAUAGACUGGAAUUCAUGCCCAAGCCGCUCAAGUCAAGGUCCAGCAGCAGUGGAGCUACAAGAAGCUACAAGAUUGCUAACCAACUGGUAGGGUAUGCCUCGCAGAUGUACAAUUUAGGUGGUAUCAGGGCCUGAAGCAGUCGUAGAAUGGCUUGUGAAAUUCAUUUGCACUGAAAAUCAUGUCUAUGUGAAAAGACUCAGAUGUUUAAUUCUAAAAUGUACUCAUAGGAUGUGGCUCAGACUAACAAGCUAACGGUGUAAAUGGUGAAAAUAAACAUUUUUGGCAAGAUGACUGCAUGCCUCGCCACUAUGUCCGUCAGGCUAAAAGCAUGACCGCGCUUUCUUAAAAGUAAUUUAUAGAACCCUCGUUGUACCACAGUACACAUACAGAAACCUUGCGUGGUAUGAACAAACUCUGUGAAUAAUAAAGUACCCCAUAACUGCUAAUGUUAAACUAUUAAAAAUGUUUGUUUGUUUAUAUCGUGAUAUAUAUAUUGUUUAUGCCCGAUUACAUCAUGCUUCCUCUCCACCAAUGCCGAUCCCUGCUCUGAUUGAGGAAAACGAAGCUAACCCACGCCCCCUCCGACACGUGGGCAGCAGCCGUAUGCAUCUUGUCACCCACACUUUGACGAGUGCAGUGCAGCUCAGCACUGUGUACAGAGAGACACACCCUGACAGCACUCUUUUCCCAUCUCUGUGCAGGCGCCUCAUCUCUGUCAGCCAGCAAAGGUCGUAAUUGCAUUAGUUAUGUGAGAGUCCCUAUCCGGCUUUUUAAAAUCCCACCCCUAUCUGAACAACAGGCCAAUCAUUAAACUGUUCAGCCCAGCCGGCAGGCAGAGCUGAGAUCCGAUACGAUGUAUUCGAGAUCCCAGCUCUGGUUCUAGCAUUUUUCUGUUUUUACCGCUGCACCACCCG